AUGGAGGUGGCGGCAGCGGCGGCGGUCGCCGCUGCCUCAAAGGAGCCCGAGGUGAAGGUACGGCUGACGGGCACCGGAACGCGCUCAGCAGGCCGCCUGGAGGUGUUCAAGGCUUGCAUUUGGGCUGCCAUCAGUGCACACGGCGUCACCGACAAGUCUGCUGUAGCGGCGCUGGUCUGCUCGCAACUGGGAUACCAACGGUUCACUACUGACAGCUUCAGCUCCUUCCACAGUAGAGAACAAAACGUCCAGUGGGACUCCCUGAGCUGCAAUGGCAGCGAGACAUCCGUUCUGGACUGCGAGUAUGGCAGCUGGACCGCCGAAGAGGCAGAACUGGGCAUCGCCUGCUUCAGCGCCUCAGAGACUCCCAAUCUGGGCACAGCUGUGCGCCUCGUCGACAACUCAAGCUCCCCCCUGCUCAGCCGCGGCCAUGUCGAGGUGCUGAGCUGGGGCCAGUGGUAUCCUGUCUGUGCCGAACGUUUUGGCCCUCGGGCCGCUGCUGUGGUGUGCCGCCAGAAGGGUUUCGUCGGCGGCGUGGCCACCGUGGAGCCAGAGGACAGCUACGGCAGCAUUCCAGAUGCCGAGCCAACCGAGCUGGUGCGGCUGGCGGGUGCCAAUCGAACGGCUGCUGGCCGCCUGGAGGUCUUCCGCUCUGGCAUCUGGACUGCCGUUCGCGCCAACUCCAUCAGCAACAUCACUGCCGUGGCCGAGGUUGUGUGCGCACAGUUUGGCUAUCCUCAGAGCAUUGUGGACACCACAAACUCCUUUGCCAACCCCAGCAUCAACGUGGAGUGGGAUUCUGUGAGCUGCAACGGCUGGGAGAAUUCCCUCCUGGACUGCUCCUUUGGAGAUUGGGCCACCGGUGGCGACGAGUUGGCCAUCUCCCGCGCCAAUGCCUCCCAUGUUCCUAACCUGGAGGCUGCCGUGUUCCUGCUCAACGGCACGGAUGCAGUGCCCAACCAGGGGCGCGUGGAGGUGUUGCGCAGCGCUGCGGUGGUGUGCCGCCAGCUGGGCUUUGUUGGGGGCGUGGCCACCGUGGAGCCGCCCAACACCUUUGGCACUCUGCCACAGGGCAUGCCCGAGGCUGUAUAUGUGCGCUGGGGCGACUCCUCGUGCAGCGAAUUCAGCAACUCACUGCCAGAGUGCGUCAUGUACCCAACCCCCGAUAGCUGCGCUAUGGCCGCCGUCACCUGCUCCAACUCCACAGUGGUUCCCUCCAAGCCUGUGCGCCUGACAGGCACCCCCAUCCCAUCAACCGGCCGCCUGGAGGUGUUCCGCUCCGGCAUUUGGACUGCCGUGCGCUCCAACUCCAUCGCAAACAUCACUGCGGUGGCGGACGUGGUCUGCUCCGAGCUGGGCUACACACAGAGCCUCACCGACCAGUUCAACACCUUUGCCGACCCGACAGUAAAUGUCGAGUGGGAGUCGCUAAGCUGCAGUGGCACUGAGGCGUCUGUGCUGGGCUGCUCCUACGGCGGCUGGACGGCUGGCGGCGACGAGCUGGGGCUGGCCUGCUUCAACAGCACAGAGACACCCCGCCUGAGCAGCGCGGUGCGGCUGGUCAACGGAACUGACGGUGCACCCCACCUGGGCCGUGUCGAGGUGCUCUACCACGGCGCGUGGACGCCUGUCUGUGCUGAGAAUUUUGGGCCACAGUCAGCGGCCGUGGUGUGCAAGCAGCUUGGGUUCAUCGGGGAUCCUGCCAUCCAGCUGCCACCAGACACACUUGGCGGCAUGCCCAGCGGAACGGAGCUGUUUAUGGUGAUCAGCUACUGGAACAACCACUACUGUGGAGCGGACAAGAACUCUCUGCACGAGUGUGGGCUGCAAGCCAGCACAUACGGCUCCUGUGCCAAUGCUGCGGUUUCCUGCUCCAGCUCCACAGACCCCGCUGUGGAGCGCUUUGAUAGCCCCCAAGCCAACAGCCUGCCGCUGGACUGGUGCAUCUCCCCGGGCUGCGGCUACUCAGCUGCCCUCUUCUUCUGCCAGCAGCAUGGCUACUCUGCGGUUGCACGGUAUGCUGGCUUCACCCAAGUACCAGAGACCUACCAGCUUGACACAGGCAACAUAUGCUCCCCAGGCUGGGCUGGAUGCGGCACCUUUGGAUUCAUCGAGUGCGCAGACUCCCGCCUGCGACUGGAUGCCGCUGUGCGCCUGAAGGAUGGCAACAGCAUCAACGAGGGCCGCGUAGAGGUGUUGCACGCUGGCCAGUGGUGGCCUCUGUGUGCUGAUCGGUUUGGCCCGCGAGCAGCCGCCAUUGUGUGCCGCCAGGUGGGCUGGAUUGGCGGCCCUGCCACCCUGCGGGAUGCCGACACCUUUGGUGGCUCCUCUCCCACUGUGGCCUGGCUCAACUACUACGAUGAUUCGUAUGGCGAGGAUUUGAGCGCCCUUCACGAAGCCCAAGGUGGCAAUGGGCUGGCCUUUGGCGAGAGCACCUGCUCCGCGGGCAUGUCUGCCGUCACCUGCUCCGACGUCACCGAUGUGCCGUCCGCACGGGUGCGGCUGACCGGCAGCGAUCGCCUAUCCGCCGGCCGGCUGGAGGUCUACCGCUCCGGCAUCUGGGCCUCUGUGCAUGCUUACUCCGUGCCAAACGUGCCCGCCGUGGCAGCCACAGUCUGCUCCCAGCUGGGCUACACCCACAGCAUGACCGAGUCCUUCAGCACCUUCCACAACCCGUCCACCAACGCCCAGCUCAACACGUUCUCCUGCGCCAACUCAGCACCCUCUGUGCUGGGCUGCACCUCCAACGGCUGGAAUGCGUAUGGCCCAGAGCUGGCCAUCGCCUGCCACAAUGACAUAGCCAACCCAAGCGCCGAGUGGGCAGGUGCGGUGCGCCUGGUCGGUGGUGUCAACAAUGCAUCCAACCAGGGCCGCGUGGAGGUGCUGCACCAUGGCGUGUUCCUCCCCGUCUGUGCCAGCCAGUUCUUCGAUGAGGUGGCGGCAGGCAUCGUGUGCCGCCAGCUCGGGUUUGUUGGAGGUCCGCCGACGCUGGAAGCCCCCGAUGCAUUUGCGCGUUCUGAUGCUGUGGGGAGGUACGGCAUGGUCAGUUACUGCGAAGGCUUUGAGGCCACCCUGUCCAGCUGUGCCGGUGCUUCUCCCAGCUUUGACGGCCAGUGCGACAGCUUUGCAGCCAUGACUUGCUCCAGCCAGACAGCUGAGCCUGCGGUCACCGUCAUGCUGACUGGCACAGAGCGGGCAUCGGAGGGCCGCCUCCUGGUCUACCGCAAGGGCCUGUGGCGCCCUGUUGCAUACUCCAACAACGUCCCAGCCCUUGCAGCCGUGGCCUGCAAGCAGCUAGGCUUCCCCACCUCGGCUGGCUCCGCACUCACGGCGUAUGCUCCACCGCAGCCCAACGGCUUAUGUUGGGUGAACUGCGUUGGCACCGAGGACAGUGUGGGGGGCUGCGACUGGAGUGCGCGCAACCCUGAGAUCUCAGCCCGAGAGGGCUGGAUGAAUGAGGUGGAGGUGGCAUGUGCUCCUCAGGGAGGUGACCCGCGAUUCUCGUCAGCCGUCCGGCUGGUGGGUGGCAGCAGCGCCAGCCAGGGCCGCGUGGAGGUGCUCCGCUACGGCACCUUUGAGCCGCUGUGCGGCGAGGCAUUUGGCGUGCGCGCAGCCACUGUGGUUUGCCGCCAGCUGGGAUACAUCUCUGACUUCGCUGUUGUGGAGCCGACGGACUCGUUUGGCAGCACCCCAGCUGGCACCAGUGAAGCACUCUACAUUUACAACAGCGAUGGCGGAUGCAGCCCUGGUGCAAGCUCGAUGUAUGAAUGCGGACUGGGGGUCACCAGCCCCUCUUGCGCCAUGGCCUCCCUCACCUGCCUGGGCUCCAAAGAUGAGCCAGCCGUUCCCUUCCGCCUGACGGGCAGCGACCGCUCAUCCGCUGGUCGGCUGGAGGUUUACCGCAAUGAUGCUUGGGGCGCUGUUCACUACAACUCUGUCCCAGACGUGCCAGCUCUGGUCACCGUCGUGUGCAGGCAACUUGGCUUCGACCAGGGCAUGAGCGGCCAGAUCAACGUGUUUAAAAGUCCCAGCAGCUUGCAGUGGGAUGGCCUCAGCUGUAGCGGCAGCGAGGCUUCUGUUGCUGACUGUACAACCAGCGGCUGGACAUCCAAUGGUGACGAGAUCAGCAUCGCCUGCUACAAGAGCGACAAUGCCAACCCCAGCGAGCAGUGGUCCUCAUCGAUCCGCCUGGUGGGCGGUGCCAGCGAUGCACAGGGCCGCGUGGAGGUGCUGUAUCGCGGCGAGUGGGCCCCGGUGGGCGCAAACGAGUUUGGCCUGUUUGCUGCCACCGUGGUGUGCCGCCAGCUUGGCUACCUGGGCGGCUUUGCCACUGUGGAGCCCCCAGACUCGUUUGGGCCCGUGUCUGCUGACGGCUCCGGCUCCCUCGUCCUCAGCUCUUGGUGGUCCAACUGCAACGUUGGCUCUCGCAGCCUCCAGGAGUGCGGCCUGCGCUGGGCUCGGGACUACUGGCCCAUCCAGCAGGCCUCCGCUGUCACCUGCAUGCCUCCUCGUGUGCGGCUGACUGGCGGCUCAGCCACUGAUGGAAGGCUGGAGGUGCUCUACAACGGCGCGUGGGCCUCUGUUCGGACCAGCAACAUUCCCAAUGUCGCUGCCGUGGCUGAUUUGGCGUGCGCCCACCUCGGGUACCCGCUCAGUCUUACCGACCAGUUCAGCACUUAUGCCGACCCCACUGUCAACGUGGAGUGGGACUCUCUCAGCUGCAGUGGCUCCGAGUCGUCUUUGCUGGACUGCUUGUUCGGCAGCUGGACCACUGGCGGGCCAGAGCUGGCCAUCGCCUGCGGCGACGCCAACAAUCUCCCCAGAUUCUCUUCUGCCGUACGCCUGGUAGACGGUACCAGCGGCAGCAACGGUCGCGUGGAGGUGCUGCAGCACGGCAUAUACACGCCCCUCUGUGCCGACUACGUUGGCCCUUGCACCGCAACCACCGUGUGCUGCCAGCUGGGUUACACUGGAGAUCCUGCCAGCGUGCAACGCCCAGACACAUUUGGCCCUCUGCCCAGCGGCGCCGCCCAGUCGCUCGGCCUGGCCUCUUGGUCCCAGUGCGGCAGCAGCCUGCACUCGCUCCAGGAGGCCACGCUGACCAGCACAGGCACCACCUGCUCCACGGCCGCCAUCACCUGCUCCAACUCCAGGCCGCGCUACUACCAAGGCUUUGGGGUCUGCCAGGAGCAGUGGGGCAUCGUUGGAGGCAACUUGCCCAACAUGCCGCUGGCAGCCGUCAGCCUGCAGGAAUGCCUCGCUGCAUGCCAUGAAAACGAGGGUUGCGAGCUGAUGGAGUAUCAGUACAGCGGCGACUCUUCCUGUCCCGCCAUUGCCGACUUCAAGUUCUACUCCGCCAAGGAUGGCGGCUUCAGCAGCUCGCAGGUCGCUGGAGAGAGCGUCGCCGGCCUGGCCCAACUGUGCGCUGCCGACCCAGCCUGCAAGGCCUUCACCACCAGCGGGCAGCUCAAGAGUGUGCUGUCGCGCCCCUCCACCUGGGGACUGUCAGCUGAGACCGGUGACUGCGACGGCAUGUAUGUGAAGGUCGGAUUUGUGUAUGACGGAUUCGUGGACUGCAAGCCGCAGUGGGACCUGGUUGGCGGCGACCUGCCGGGCGUGCCGUUGGCUGAUCUCACCAUGGAAGAGUGCUUGGCCCGCUGCCGGGACAAUGCCGAUUGUGAACAGAUUGUUUAUGGCGUAGGCGCCUCUGGCCUGGAUUGCUAUCUCAAGAGCAUCUCGGGCAACGAUGGCAACACCGGACCGGAUGCAUCUGUCAUCGCCUCCUGCGUCAAAGACGUGCCUGACUGCACCUCAGAGCUCAACAAUGAGUACUGCCUCACAUGUGGCACUACCAACAGCUGGCGCUUGACCUGCCUCAGCACCGGCACGCCCUGCAGGGCCACCUUCACUGCGGGGGAUGGGUCGAUGUACAGCCCCAUCAUUGGCAUGUGCUCUGUGCCUGAGCUUGCGCCUCAGGGCGCCGCGGCUGGCGGCACGUGCCCAGCCUACAUCACCACCGGCGGCAUGCGGUACAAUCUGCGGACCAGUCAGACAGUGGCGCCAGCAGACAUCAUUGAUUACUGCAUCUCAAGUGAGAUUUUUGCAUUGCAGUACGGAGCUGUGGACGUCUGCCGCACAUGA